GAGCAGAGUUUUUCGCCCUCUGCCUGCCUCUGCGGCGAUCGCUGCAUUUGUUCAAAUUGUUCUCAUGUCACAGUGGACCGUCUCAGGUGUCUCGUCUCAGGGUCUCAGCUGGUGUCUCAAGCGUCUCAAGUCUCCGUACAUUCAUGUAUAAGUGUUCUGUGGUAUACAUUCUUUGUAUACUGUAGUCUCAGGCUGACUCAGGCCCCAUGUGUGGCCCUGCGCAUAGCCGCGUAGUUCCAGACCCGGAGUGCGCGGCCGGCCACUUUUAGAGCCACGCGCUUAUUCGAGGCAAACUAAUGUCAAGCGUGAUGCAUUCGCACGCCGACAACAACAAUGCGGCAGCGCUCAGCGACUUGCGUCUUUUCCUCGCGGGUACCUCCAGCUACGACAGCAAGAUCCGGCCUUCGGACGUGGCCAAGGCGGCGAUACGGCUGCUCAAGACACUGCCUGUGGCACGCGAGGCCGUGCUCGAGUACAUGCACAACUUGUUCGACGAUGCAGUCAGUCGGCACAUCGUGCGGCUCGACUCCGAGGAGAGCGGCGGCGUGCCGGAAGAGCGCGACGUGGAGGACGUGCAGAGCGUCCUGUCGGGCUUCAUCGAGAGCAACCUGUCCGCCUGGGCGCCCAUCAUAUCGGGCUGGUCGCUCGAGCUACUGGGACACCUGACGCGCAAAUACGCCGACCGGCGCAUCGUGCACUGUGGCCUGGCUGAGGUGCUGCAGAUGUGGAUGGCGUGCCCGCCGACGCGCGCGCUCAUCGAGCUCACCACCAAGUGCCUAUCGACGCUGAUCGACACGAACCCGGACAAGUGCAUCGACACGCUGCUCGAGACGUCGGUGCAGCACGCGCCGCACUUCGACUGGGUCGUGGCGCACAUCGGCUCCUGCUUCCCGCACACGGUCAUCACGCGUGUGCUCGCCUGCGGCCUCAAGGACUUCGUCAGCCACGAGGACGACGAUGCGGCGGAGAGGAAGGUGCCCAAGCUGGCCUCGGUCGUCGGCAUCCUUGGUCACCUGGCCGGACAGCACGCGGCCGACAUCCGGGGCGCGCUCGUGUCGCUCAUGCAGCAGAGCUUCGCGGCCAACCCGACGCGCGAGCAGCUGGCCACCAUCCCGUUCCUGCUGCAGCUCGCCUCCAUGUCUGAGCACCUGCUCAACGCCGUCGUCUCCGAAUUCACCAGAGUCCUGUCAGCCGACACGCUCAACAAGCUGUCGACAUUGAUGGGCAAAUGGGAGUCGGCCAAAAUUCCGGGCACGCGAGACCUGCUCAGCCUGACCGUCGUUCUCAUAGUGCAGAGUGGCUCGGGUGACCUGCGCUUUCUCAGCCAGAUCUUGGACAUUGCCUCGGGUGACAGCGAGUUCUCCUCAGCACUGCUGCCUGCGGUUCCCAAUGCAGCCGGGGUCGUGCUGGAUAAUGUCCUGCUCGAGAUGCAGCAACGGGUAUUUGCUGGUGCGGCUGAGAUACCGCUGUUGUCGGCGCUCGAGGCCCGACUGGGUGACCUGUGUGGUUGGCUGCAGCACACCCGCUGUGGGCCCCGCACCAUGUGGCUGUGGAAUGCCCUGUCCCUCAUCUGUGUCCACCGCAAGGAGAAGACUGCGCUGACAGUGCUCAGCCACUUGCUGGGUCGCAUCCGUGGCUCCACUGAGUUGCUCUUCUUUCAGGCACUGAUCUACCAGGUUGAAGUGGUUCACGUCAACUGCCUGACACACACCAUCUCCCAUCUGAUGGCUGAGCUGCAGUCUGGCCGAGUCUCCAACCCCACCCAACUAGUCGAGAAUCUCAAGAAGCUCAGCGGCAACUCUCACGUGGGUGUACGUGUGAGUAGCACUGUCUGCAAGUUCGCCCAAGUGCUGGCCGAGCAGAUGCAGGCGUCCUCUGACCUGACAUACGCAGAUGCAGUCGCUGAGCUGCUCUCCACAUCCGUGCAGCCAGAGACGAUGUCAGCCACCGCUGUGAUCAAGGUGGUUGCGGCGGCUGUUGCCUAUUUCUUUGCCAUCGUUUGCAAUCCGAUCCACUAUGGGCCAUCCCGCAAGUACACGGCCGCCUGCAUCUGCCUCCGUCUACUGUCCACGCUGUGUUCACGCUCGGUUGCACAGCACUUGGCGCUCCGCAAUUUGCUUUCAGGGGCAUUGGACCAUAAGGUGUCUUGGAGAUUUGGUUCGCGUCCACGGCGGAGCAGCGAGGCAUUUCUGCGGCGGCCACGCUUUGUCCACCUCCUCGACGAGAAUCAGAAGUUUGCAACGUCUAUCAACUUCCCGCAGAGCCACUCGUCCAUAGUGCGUGUUGGCGUCAUUGGAUCUGGUCUGCGGAGUGUGCCUCCACCGCCACCUAUUGCGGACGAAGAGGUGGCGCUGAACAAGCAGCUCUUGCUGGAGGCGAUCACGGCAUGCUGUGCACUGCCCUGGCGCAAUGACAGGUCGUCACCAACACGCACUUCUCCUGUGGGCGGCAUGAAGAUUGUCGCGCUGCUCCUAGUGAUGAUAUCGUCGGACGUCAUGUUCAAUGGGCUUCCUUGGCCAGACGAGGAUUUCCUCAAGGUGACCAUUGAGCGCGACCUGCACAUCCAGGCUAUGUUUGUGGACCACCCCAUUUUGUGGGACCUCCUGCGACUGGUGGCAUCGGUGCGGCCGUCGCUGUGCUACUGCAGUGUCCUUCUGCGUGCCGUCAUGGCUGUGGCCAUGACACACUGGCGCAACUGCCAGGAGAAGGCGGCCGCCUCCAGCCCCAAGCAUCUCGAGACAACCCGCACAGUUCUACGCAUCAUGUCUCUGGGACAGCUGCUGCCACCGGCCAUGAACAGUCUGGGUGAAGUGCUGCCACUCCUCAGCCCGUUUGAAGUCUUCUGCGUGCUCUCGGACGUGUGGCAGUACAUGCGCAACAACGUCCCCAGCCCAGCACUGUUUACACACAAGAACCCCACGACUGGUGAACUGUGGCGUGAGUUCAAGACACCUGCUGCCGAUCUCAAGUACAUGGAGCGGCUGCGAGCCAUCAUGAUCAGCAACAUUCAGACGUGCGGACUGAUCUUUCAGAAGUUCUUCAGUGUUGACCCAUGAAUCGGAC